AUGCUUCCCUACGUGAUUGCCACCCUGGGCUCAGCAGGGGCCACCUGCAAAGCCUCCACAUGUAACAACAGCACCAAGGACUACUGCUACAGUGCUCGCAUCCGCAGCACUGUGCUGCAGGGGCUGCCCUUCGGCGGGGUGCCCACCGUCCUAGCCCUCGACUUUAUGUGCUUUCUCGCACUGUUGUUUGUCUUUUCAAUUUUGCGUAAAGUUGCUUGGGACUACGGACGCCUGGCCCUGGUGACUGAUGCUGACAGGCGCCGACGUCGGCAGACGGAGCGAGAGGAGCGGGAAUAUGUAGCCUCCGCCCUGCAUUCUGACAACCAUGACCGCUAUGAGCGCCUCACCUCCGUCUCCAGUUCUGUGGACUUCGACCAGAGGGACAAUGGUUUCUGCUCCUGGCUGACAGCCAUCUUCAGGAUAAAGGAUGACGAGAUCCGGGACAAGUGUGGAGGUGAUGCGGUGCAUUACCUGUCCUUCCAGAGGCACAUCAUCGGGCUGCUGGUGGCCGUGGGUGUGCUGUCCGUGGGCAUCGUGUUACCUGUCAACUUCUCAGGGGACCUGCUAGAAAACAAUGCCUACAGCUUUGGGAGGACAACUAUAGCUAACUUGAAUUCUGGGAAUAACUUGUUGUGGCUGCACACGUCUUUCGCCUUCCUUUACCUGCUGCUGACGGUGUACAGCAUGCGCCGGCACACCUCCAAGAUGCGCUACAAAGAGGAUGACUUGGUUAAGCGAACUCUCUUCAUCAAUGGGAUCUCAAAAUAUGCUGAGCCAGAGAAGAUCAAGAAGCAUUUCGAGGAGGCCUAUGCCAACUGCACCGUCCUGGAGGCCCGACCCUGCUAUGACGUGGCCCGACUGAUGUUCCUCGACGCAGAGAGGAAGAAAGCUGAGCGUGGGCGAAUCUACUUCACCAACUUGCAGAGCAAGGAGAACACACCAUCCAUGAUCAACCCCAAGCCCUGUGGCCACCUGUGCUGCUGUGUCAUCAGGGGCUGCGAGGAGGUGGAGGCCAUUGAGUACUAUACCAAGCUGGAGGAGAAGCUCAAAGAUGACUACAAGCGGGAGAAGGAGAAGGUGAAUGAAAAGCCUCUGGGGAUGGCCUUUGUCACCUUCCACAAUGAGACCAUCACAGCCAUAAUCCUCAAAGAUUUCAACGCUUGUAAGUGCCAGGGCUGUGCAUGCCGUGGGGAGCCCAGGGCCUCCUCCUGCAGCGAAUCCCUCCACGUCUCCAACUGGACCGUCAGCUAUGCCCCUGACCCGCAGAAUAUCUACUGGGAACACCUCUCCAUCCGGGGCUUCAUCUGGUGGAUCCGCUGCCUCGUGAUCAAUGUGGUCCUCUUCAUUCUCCUCUUCUUCCUCACCACCCCUGCUAUCAUCAUCACCACUAUGGACAAGUUCAAUGUCACUAAGCCUGUGGAGUACCUCAAUAACCCCAUCAUCACCCAGUUCUUCCCUACCCUACUGCUGUGGUGCUUCUCUGCUCUGCUGCCCACCAUCGUGUAUUACUCUGCCUUCUUCGAAGCGCACUGGACCAGGUCUGGAGAGAACAGGACGACCAUGCACAAGUGUUACACCUUUCUCAUCUUCAUGGUCUUGCUGCUGCCAUCGCUGGGCCUGAGCAGCUUGGAUGUGUUUUUCCGCUGGCUGUUUGACAAAAAAUUCCUCGCUGAAGCUGCUGUUCGAUUCGAGUGUGUGUUCCUGCCAGACAAUGGGGCCUUCUUUGUCAACUACGUCAUCGCCUCUGCCUUCAUCGGGAAUGCCAUGGACCUGCUGCGCAUCCCCGGCUUGCUCAUGUACAUGAUACGCCUCUGCCUGGCCCGCUCGGCCGCUGAGCGGAGGAACGUCAAACGACACCAGGCCUACGAGUUCCAGUUUGGGGCUGCUUACGCCUGGAUGAUGUGCGUAUUCACUGUGGUCAUGACAUACAGCAUCACCUGUCCCAUCAUCGUCCCUUUUGGGCUCAUGUACAUGCUGCUUAAGCACUUGGUGGACCGAUACAACCUGUAUUACGCUUACCUGCCUGCUAAGCUGGACAAGAAGAUUCAUUCAGGGGCUGUGAACCAGGUGGUGGCAGCCCCCAUCCUCUGCCUCUUCUGGCUUCUCUUCUUCUCCACGAUGCGCACAGGGUUCCUGGCCCCCACUUCCAUGUUCACCUUUGUGGUCCUUGUGAUCACCAUUGUGAUCUGCCUGUGUCACGUCUGCUUCGGGCACUUCAAAUACCUCAGCGCUCACAACUACAAGAUUGACCACACAGAGGUGGACACUAUAGACAACAGGCAGAAUGGGAGACCUGCCACCAGCCUGCCAGCUCCCAGAUCAGCGAAGUACAUCGCCCAAGUGCUGCAGGACUCCUCACCAGAGGGCGAAGUGACGGAGUCAGAAGAGCAGGGGUCGCAGGACGAGGAGCUCAUCAACGCGGAUGGCAUGAACGAUACGGAUUUCCAGUCGUGUGAGGACAGCCUGAUAGAGAACGAGAUCCACCAGUAG